AGAUAAAAAGGGGAACAAAUAGUCCACAUAGCACAAAAAAGACCUCAAAAGAACUUGAAAUAGAAUAACAAAAAAACUCUUUUUCCCAUUAUUGUGUGUCGUUUAAUCAAGUUAGUCGAUCAUUAAGGUUGUGGAAGUGAAGAAACAGAGCCAUGCAUGCCCGCUAAAGUCGGUUAAGCUACAAAUAUUUAUACAUAAUCUCUCUCCUUUUAUUCAUUUUUUUUUAUUUUAUCAUCAAUAAUCUGCUAUAAAAUAAAAUUAAUCUAAUUCCAUUUUUCAUGCAUUAAAUUUUUUUUUAGAAUAUUUUCCAGUCUGAUCUCUGAAUAAUCCAGAUUAAUUCAAUAUUUAUUGAUUAAAAUAUAUUAAUGAGAGGGGGAAAAGACGGAAAAAAACAUCUAUGAAGAUAAAAACAGGAAAUUUGCAGAUGCAGUUAGCAAACGAGAAAAAGGGUGCUUCUUUUUCCAAGAAAUUGUUCAGAUGGAAUGGCAGAUCAUGUUAGUUAUGGCCAUUAUGACCGUGAUAUUGACCAAGCACUCAUUUCUCUGAAGAAAGGUACUCACUUGAUCAAGUACAGUAGAAAAGGGAAGCCCAAGUUUUGCCCAUUCCGACUUUCAGCGGACGAGAUAAAUCUAAUUUGGUUAUCACGUGGAGAAGAAAGAAAUUUGAAGCUAUCUUUGGUCGAGAAAAUCAUCCCCGGACAAAGAACGGCUGUAUUUCGUCGAUAUUUACGCCCUGAAAAGGAUUACUUGUCUUUUUCACUUAUAUAUAAUAAUGGUGAAAGAUCUCUAGACCUGAUUUGUAAAGAUAAAGCAGAAACAGAAGUUUGGCUUGCGGGACUUAAGGCUUUAAUUGGCAAACGAAAUAGACGCAUAGGAAGUGAGAUAUCUGAUUUUAGUGAUGGCGAAUAUUUUCAAAGUGCCCGUUCAUCUGGUGCAACAUUAGAUUUCACUUCAAGUAUACGUGGUAGAACAUCUGUAGAUUGGAGUAGUUUGACAUCAGAUGUUGGGUCUGAGCAGGCAAAUAUGCAACCAAGAGGUAGCUCAGUAGACGCUUUUCGACUUAGUACAGAUGGUUUUCGACUUAGUGUGUCAAGUACUCCAAGUUGUUCAAGUCAAGGUUCAGCCGGACCAGAUGACAUUGAAUCAUUAGGAGAUGUUUACGUCUGGGGGGAACUUUGGUCUGAAGGAGGUGUAGCAGAUGGAUUUGGAAACCCACAGUCAACAAAGAUUGAUGUAUUAACUCCGAAACCUUUAGAGUCUAAUGUAGUUCUUGAUGUACAUCAAAUAGCUUGUGGGGUUCGUCAUGUUGCCCUCGUAACUAGGCAAGGUGAGGUUUUCAGUUGGGGGGAAGAAUCUGGAGGCAGACUUGGUCAUGGAAUCGAAAGAGAUUUCACUCGACCACGCCUUGUUGAAUUUCUUGCUCUCACGAACGUGGAUUUUGUUGCUUGUGGUGAAUACCAUUCAUGUGCGGUGUCAACUUCCGGUGAUUUAUUUACUUGGGGGGAUGGUGUUCAUCAUUCUGGCGUUCUUGGACAUGGAACUGAUGCUAGUCAUUGGAUUCCAAAACGAGUUUCGGGUGCUUUAGAAGGUCUUCAGAUAGUUUCGAUUGCUUGUGGCACUUGGCAUUCAGCAUUGACAACUUCAAACGGAAAACUAUUCACAUUUGGUGAUGGAACUUUCGGUGUUCUAGGCCAUGGUGAUCAAGAAAGUGUUCCUUAUCCAAAAGAAGUUCAACAAUUGAGUGGCUUAAAAACAAUCAAGGUGGCAUGUGGAGUUUGGCAUACGGCAGCUAUUGUGGAGGUUGUGAGCCCGUCAACUUCUGGUAGCAGCAUUUCUUCUCGAAAGCUCUUCACUUGGGGCGAUGGUGAUAAAUAUCGUUUAGGUCAUAAAAAUAAAGAUGCAUAUCUUUCUCCAACAUGCGUAUCCGCACUUAUUGAUUACAAUUUUCACCAAAUAGCAUGCGGACAUAAUUUUACAGUUGCUCUCACAACAUCAGGCCAUGUAUUUACCAUGGGCAAUUCAUCGUAUGGACAACUCGGAAAUCCAUCUGCUGACGGGAAAGCACCUUGUUUGGUUCAGGAUAAAUUAGUAGGUGAGUAUGUAGAAGAAAUUUCAUGUGGUGCACAUCAUGCCGCUGUCCUUACUUCAAGAAGUGAGGUAUAUACAUGGGGAAAAGGCGCAAAUGGAAGACUUGGGCAUGGCGAUGCAGAAGACCGCAAGAGUCCAACCUUAGUAGAGGCUUUAAAAGAUAGGCUAGUGAAAAGUGUAGCCUGUGGUUCAAAUUUCACUGCUGUAAUAUGCAUCCACAAAUGGGUUUCAGGUGCUGAUCAAUCUAUAUGCUCAGGAUGUCGACAAGCAUUUGGUUUUACACGAAAAAGGCAUAAUUGUUAUAACUGCGGUUUAGUGCAUUGUCAUGCAUGUAGUUCUAAAAAAGCUAUUAGAGCAGCUCUUGCGCCUACUCCAAGUAAACCACAUCGUGUUUGUGAUGCUUGUUACAAUAAACUUAAGGCUACAGCCGUUGGAAAUGCGUCUGUUUUCAGCAAGAGACCUACUGCUGCUCCUCGUCGUGCAACGGAUAGCACAAGAAUCGACAAGACUGAAACACCAUCUUCUAAGCUUUUGUUAACCCCUACGACAGAACCAGUUAAGUACCUUGAAGUUAAGAGUCAAAGAUAUGGGGGGAAACUAGAAUCUUUCUCUAUGGUUCGAGCAUCACAAGUGCCUGCAUUUCAACAAUUGAAAGAUGUUUCAUUUCCGAGCUCUAUAAAUGCUCUACAAACUGCUUUGAGACCAGCUACACCUCCUCCGGCUCCUCCGAUUCCUAACAGCACACCAACUCGACUAUCCACACCAUAUGCCAGAAGGCCUAGUCCUCCUCGCUCUGGAACUCCUGUUGUGUCUAGAGGUAUUGUUGAUAGUCUUAAGAAGUCCAAUGAAGUUCUAAGCCAAGAAGUAGCAAAACUUCACAACAAUCUUAAAAAUCUGAAGCAAAAGUGUGACUUCCAAGAAGAGGAGAUUCAAAAGUUGCAGAAUAAUGCUAGAGAAGCUUCCAUGCUUGCUGCAGAGCAAUCUUUAAGCUGCAAAGAUGCAAAGGAAGUAGUUAAUUCCUUCAUCGUUCAGCUGAAGGAGAUGGUGGACAAAUUUCCAAGUGAAGUGAGUCAAAGUGACAAUCUCAAGGCCAUGCACACCCAAAUUUUAGCAUUAAUAGAAGCUAAUGAAAAUGAAGCAUCCAAUCCUCAAACUUCCUCAGCAGUAGAAGAAUCACAAGAUCAUCAGAAUCUACAGAGUAGUGAAAACAAUGAAGCCCAUGAUGAAACUUGUACUAGAGGUCAUAAGAUCAUAUCUCUAGACUCAAGUGUAUUAGGUGACCUAUCAGCAUCUUCUGAAAAUAUGAUAGAUGAUUCCACUAAUCAAACACCUUCAUCAUCUUACACAACAACAUCAGAACCAGAUGCUAAGCAUAAUGUACAAGAUAAUUGUGUUCAGGAAUCUCAAGAACAAUCAAAUGACAUAGAUUCUUCAACUAACCAAAGCUUAGAAGAGAAUUCACAAGCCCAUGAAUCUAAUCCAUCAUCCUCACUUCAUAUUGAGACAAGAAGUAAUGAAGGAGACGAAAUCGGAACAUCGUCGAGGCCAUCUCAAACUUCAUCAAGGGGUGAUGGAUCAAGACAGAGUAUUGAACAAUUUGAAUGUGGAGUUUAUGUAUCUUUCAUUCAACUUCGCAACGGUAAUAAAAUCUUCAAACGAGUUAGAUUCAGUAAACGAAGAUUUUAUGAGACACAUUUAGCUGAGGAAUGGUGGAAACAAAAUAGAGAAAGGUUGCUACGAAAGUACGUUCUUCUAUCAUCAAAUAACGCACAUACAUCAUCUCCCCGACAUAUUCAACCUUGUCAAGUAGAAGGGGAAAGCAGUGCUAAUCAACAAUGAAUAUUAAUCAAUGAUGCACCAAUUUCUGAUGCUU